CAACCUUUUGCAUUUCCGGCUCUUUCCGGCGAAAACGUCCGUUAACCUAGUAGCUUUAUAUUAUAUAUUUUAAAUAUUAAUUUUAUAAUGGCCGUUGGUGAUUUAAAAACUGAAGCAGGUAUUACCCAAUUGAACAGUUAUUUAGAAGAUAAGAGCUAUUUAAGUGGAUACCAGCCCACCCAAGUAGAUAUACAAACUUUGAACAGCAUUGGAAAGGCCCCAGGUGCAAAUUUUCCUCAUGCACUGAGAUGGUACACUCAUAUUAAGUCCUUCACACAGGCAGAACAAAAAAAUUUUCCUUCCGGAACACCAAUAUCCUUGGGAAGUGCUGCUCCUGCAUCACCUUUGAAAACUGCUGCACCAACAACAAAACCACAGUCAGAAAAAGAGGAAGAUGAUGAUGUCGACUUAUUUGGAUCGGAUGAAGAAGAUGAAGAGGCUGCAAAGGUCAGGGAAGAACGUUUGAAAGCAUAUGCUGAUAAAAAGUCAAAGAAACCUGCCCUUAUUGCUAAAUCCAGCAUAGUUUUGGACGUAAAACCUUGGGACGACGAAACUGAUAUGAAAGAAAUGGAGAAAAAUGUUAGAAGUAUUGAAAUGGACGGUCUUGUUUGGGGAGCUUCCAAAUUGGUACCUGUUGGAUAUGGAAUAAAUAAACUACAGAUUAUGUGUGUUGUUGAAGAUGAUAAAGUUUCUGUUGACCUUUUAACUGAGAAAAUUCAGGAAUUUGAAGAUUUUGUCCAAUCUGUUGAUAUUGCUGCUUUUAAUAAGAUUUAAAAUGUUUCCAAUAUGAAAUAAAUAUUUUUAAACGCA